AUGCGGAGUUUUAUAUGCCGACAGUCGGAGAUUGCAGUGCAGCCAAUUCCGCCAGGUCCCGCUGGUUCGUUGGGCUGCUACUUGGAGGCGCAUAGUGGAGUACCAAGAAGGGGAGUUCGCGACUGGGAGCGAAAGGUGUCAAUCAUGUUUGAGGCUCACGUGCUGGGCCUGCUGCGCAAGUAUCUGGGCGAGUAUGUGCGCAACAUCCCCGACGAGGCGCUCAAGAUCAGCGUGUGGCAAGGCGACGUGGUGCUGCGCGAUCUGCAGCUGAAGGAGGAGGCGCUCAACCGCCUGCGCCUGCCCAUCGCUGUCAAGGCGGGCUUCAUUGGCUCCGUCAACCUCAAGGUGCCAUGGAGUCGCCUGGGAGUGGAGCCGGUGGUGCUGCUGCUGGACCGAGUCUUCAUCCUCGCCCACCCCUCCUCCGCCCCCGCCUCCGCCUCCCAUCAGUCAGCGGAGGAGGAGGAGCAGCAGCGCCUGGAAGCAAAGCGGCGCAGAAUAGAGGAGGCGGAGGAAGCAAUGCUGGAAGCCAGGGAGCGACAGAAGGCAGGAGGCGCCGAACAGGCGGGCAGCGGGUCAUGGAUAUCAUCGCUGAUCGCCACGAUAGUGGGCAACAUCAAGAUCUCCUUCACCAACGUGCACAUCCGAUAUGAGGACUCCGGCAGCUUGUCAGGCCGCCCCUUCUGCACGGGGGUGACACUAGCCAGGCUGGCAGCGGUGACCACGGAUGAGAACUGGGUGGAGACCUUCGUCACCAGCGGGGCGCUCGACAGCCUCUACAAGGCGGUGCAUCUGGAGCGCCUGGCGGUGUACCACGACAGCAACAGCGGGCCGUGGAACCCACACACCGCAUGGGACGCAAUGCAGGGCGACCAGUGGAGCGAGGUGUUUGAGGCGGGCAUUCAUGAGGAGGCGCCACCCAGUGCAGUUGGUAUCGACUGGGCGGCGAAUCGGCAGUUUCUGCUGCACCCGGUGGACGGCAGGAUGCGGUACGAGCGGCGCAGCAAGAAGGAGAGGCGGCAAGACGAUGUGCCGUUCCAGACUGUUGCCCUGCAGCUGGGGCAGGUGGCGCUCACUCUUUCACAGGUCAGUGCAGCUGGGGCAGGUGGCGCUCACUCUCUCACAGGUCAGUGCAGCUGGGGCAGGUGGCGCUCACUCUCUCACAGGUCAGUGCAGCUGGGGCAGGUGGCGCUCACUCUCUCACAGGUCAGUGCAGCUGGGGCAGGUGGCGCUCACUCUCUCACAGGUCAGUGCAGCUGGGGCAGGUGGCGCUCACUCUCUCACAGGUCAGUGCAGCUGGGGCAGGUGGCGCUCACUCUCUCACAGGUCAGUGCAGCUGGGGCAGGUGGCGCUCACUCUCUCACAGGUCAGUGCAGCUGGGGCAGGUGGCGCUCACUCUCUCACAGGUCAGUGCAGCUGGGGCAGGUGGCGCUCACUCUCUCACAGGUCAGUGCAGCUGGGGCAGGUGGCGCUCACUCUCUCACAGGUCAGUGCAGCUGGGGCAGGUGGCGCUCACUCUCUCACAGGUCAGUGCAGCUGGGGCAGGUGGCGCUCACUCUCUCACAGGUCAGUGCAGCUGGGGCAGGUGGCGCUCACUCUCUCACAGGUCAGUGCAGCUGGGGCAGGUGGCGCUCACUCUCUCACAGGUCAGUGCAGCUGGGGCAGGUGGCGCUCACUCUCUCACAGGUCAGUGCAGCUGGGGCAGGUGGCGCUCACUCUCUCACAGGUCAGUGCAGCUGGGGCAGGUGGCGCUCACUCUCUCACAGGUCAAUGCAGCUGGGGCAGGUGGCGCUCACUCUCUCACAGGUCAGUGCAGCUGGGGCAGGUGGCGCUCACUCUCUCACAGGUCAGUGCAGCUGGGGCAGGUGGCGCUCACUCUCUCACAGGUCAGUGCAGCUGGGGCAGGUGGCGCUCACUCUCUCACAGGUCAGUGCAGCUGGGGCAGGUGGCGCUCACUCUCUCACAGGUCAGUGCAGCUGGGGCAGGUGGCGCUCAUCCCUUGCCCAUCCCGCCCUUGUACAUUGGAUCACGACCUCUCAACACCCCGUCCCCUGUCAACCCCCCAUUGCUUGUGAGCAGACGCAGUACGAGGAUGGGAUGCGCUUCAUGGAGGCGGCAGCGCUGUACCGCCGCCGUGCCGACGUCGCUCACCUGCGCCCGCGCCUGCCCGUGCACGCCCAUGCCGCCCUCUGGUGGCGCUUUGCUGCGCGCGCCCUGCUGCAGCAGCACCACGCCCUCAGUGCGCCGUGCUGUGCGGCAUGCAGGCCAACAAUGACAUGGAAGGCCAUCAAGGACAGCUGCAACAUGCGGCGCCGCUACGUGGCGGCAUACACGCAAGCGCUGCUGGACGCGUGGGCGUCGGGCGCCCCUGUGAAGCCGGGUGCAGCGGCGGACAGCGCUGAGAUGCGCUCCAUUGAGGCACACGUCAGCGUCGAGGCCUAUGCGCACCCCGCAUGCCAUGCUUUGACUGCUGCCCUGCUCUCCUGCCGCUUCCCUGUCCCUCACUUGCCGUUCUUCUCUCUGCCCCCUGUGCCUCUGCGCCCCCCCAUGCGGCACAGAAUGCUGGCGCACUCGCAGGCGGAGCGCAGCCGACCCAAGGCACAGCGGCAGGCAGUGCAGCCCAAGGCCACGGGGUGGUUCGCCUCCUGGCGAGGGGCGUCUGUGCCAGCAGAGGCAGGGGGGGGCGAGGGGGCGGAGGAGGAGGGGCUGGCGGGAGGGUUGAGUGCGGAGGAGUGGGAGAAGAUAGAGGAGCUGGUGCGCGCGGGGGAGGAGGCGCAGUAUGAGCCGGGGCAGGCGGCGGCGGGGGCGGUGCAGAUGGUGGUGGCGGUGGGCAUGGACUGCUUCCGCGCGCGCCUGGUGGACGGGGGGGCGGGGGUGGACGGGCAGGCAGGCGUGGACGGGGGGGCGGGUGUGGAUGUGGUGUGCGGGUCGUGCCACCACCUGCACGUGGCGCUGCGCCUCUUCCCUCUCAUGCUCAAGGCUGACGUCAGCCUGCGCCUCUACGACCUCUCCGUGCCUGAAGGCACGCUCAUUGAGAGUGUGAGCAGGGAGGGCAAGGAGGCAGCGUUGACAGCAUCAUUCGUGCAGCACCCCAUCGAUGAGCACCUCGACUGGAUGCUCAUCGCUGCUUUCUCGCCCUGCCACGUCACGCUGUGGCGGCGCAGCAUAGACCGGGUGCUGCACUUCCUGCGGGCGGGCCAGCAGGCCACACCUGCCGUCGCCCUCGAGACCGCUGCCGCCCUGCAGAGCAAGCUGGAGGACGUGCGGCGGCAGGCCCAGCAGCAGCUGCAGCAGGUGCUGCAGCGACGCACUAGGUUCUCCAUCGACCUGGACGUGGACGCGCCCAAGGUGGCCAUCCCUGCUGACCCGUCGCCCCACGGGGAGCCGCCCACGCAGCUGCUGCUGGACUUGGGCCACUUCACACUCAAGACCGACCAGGUGCCCUGCUCAGCCUCGUGCAGCCCUUCAAAGUGGUCCCCCCGCCUCGCACCAUCAGCCGCCUACAGCUAUGUGACGAGCCUCACAGCCUCGCCAUGCUCAGCUAUCUUGCUUCGACGCUCACGAGGAGCGUUUUGGCCUUUGACAAGCUGGCCAGUGGCCUGCCAUUGCUCAUGCAUUGCCCUCUUACCACCUCACCGCUCCCCCACCCGCCCCCUUGCCCUUUGUGGCGUGCAGGACGACCCGUCAGCGGAGGGCAGUGAGGCAGCGGCGGCAGCAGCGCUGUACACGCGGUUCAAGAUUACAGCCACUGACAUCUCCAUGUUCGUUGCUGAUGGCGCCUUUGACUGGCGUACCUACCAGCAGCAGCAGCAGGGGCAGCAUGGUGGCACGGAUGGGGAGGAGGGUGCAGGGGAGGGCGGAUCAGGGGGGCUGCGACUAGACUUGCUGCAGAAGUGUGGCCUCUCUGCCGUGCUGCACCAGGUGGGUCUCUGCCGUGCUGCACCAGGUGGGUCUCUGCCGUGCUGCACCAGGUGGGUCUCUGCCGUGCUGCACCAGCACACUGUGGAAACGAGCAUGAGUGCAAAUGCGUGUGCUGCAUGCCAUGCCACACCCCUGGCGGCGGUGCAUGUGCAGAUGAUGGUGGAGCACCCCAGCUACCCCACAACGCGCAUUGCCGUGUGGCUGCCCUGCCUCGCCUUCCACUACUCGCCCGCGCGCUACCGCCGCCUCAUGCGCGCCCUCCGAGCGCUCUCCCCCGCACCGCCUCCUGCUGCUCAAGCCCACGCUGCGGAGGGCGCGGUGGCGGGCGAGGGUGAUGGGGCGGUGGCGGUGCGACCAUGGCAGCAGGCCGACCAGGCGGGCGAUGUGUGCCUGCUGCAGUGGACGCGCAUAGGCAGUGCAGCAGAGUGGGUGCCGUACUGGGCGGCGCUGGUGGGGCCCACACUGUACCUGCUGGACCAUCCUGAGGCAAUCAAGCCACACAAGCAAUUUAAUCUGAGCAGCGCCAUGGGGGUGCUGGACGUGCCCCCGCAGCACAUAGCGGGCUACCACCACGUCAUUGCCCUCGCUGCCCGCGGCGCUCAACCUGCCAAGGUGGUGCUGUCAGGGCAGGCGGUGGUGCUGCGACUCAAGUCGGAGGCCCUCAAGGCGCAGUGGGCUGCACGCCUCACAACCGCGCUCUACCACGCCUCUGCGCCUGCCUCCAUGGACCUCCUCACUGACGACGCCUUCUCCUCAGAUGCACCUGAAGAACCACCUGACCACGUGCCCCCUGCCUCACCUGAGCGACAGCUGGCUGCAGGAGAGCCGUUGUCGCCGUCUGUGCGUGUGGCACCAGUGGUGCAGGAGGCGGGAGCAGCAGCGGGCGCGCAGGAGAAGCCGUUUCUGUACAUCAUGGGCUCGCUGGACGACCUGCGCCUCGCCAUCAGCUCCGUCGGGGCUCCAGGCGUGAGCACACGGGAGACACCGGCGGGUGCUGGGAUAGGGGAUAUGGACACGAAAGAGGAGGGAAAAGGGGGCAAUGAAGGCAAAGGGAGUGAGGAGGGCAAGGAGGGCAAGGAGGGGGAUAAUGAGGAGGAUGAAGAGGAUGAGGACGAGGAUGGGUUUGCGGAUGCGGAGGCGGAGUUCCUGAUGUCGCCCACGUCAUCAGGGGCGUCCACACCACGCCACGGUGCAGCAGCGCUUGAGGGCGACGGAGGCGGGGGGUACGGCGGAGCGGCGGAGUUCUUCGAUGCGCGCGACUUUGCUCUGGACGACGGCGACGCCGCCAACGUGCCCAGCUUUGGCCGCGCUGGCAGGCUGCUGCCCGACAUGGGAUGGCAGCACGCGGGGGCGAGCAGGCGGCGCGCUAGGCACAAGGAGGGCGAGGAGGAGGAAGGGGGGGCAGGCAAGGAGGAAGAGGAGGAGGAGGAGGAGGAGGAGGGACUUUGUGGUGGUGCAGAUCGGCAUGUGGCAGUGGAGAUGGCAACGCUAGAGUUCUUCUGCAACCGACUCUCCAUCGUCGCUCUCAUGGAACUCUCCACCUACCUCUCGCCACCACCGCUCCCCUCCUCGCCUGCUGCCACCACCGCCACACAGCCGUCGCACACAGCAGGCACAGCUCCUGUGCCUCCCACUGUUGACCUCCCGGCCCCUGCUCUCCCUGCUGCUCCCGUUGCUGAGAUUGGCAGCCCUGGCAUGGGAGGCAGCCGCAGCAGGGGAGGGGAUGAAGGGCGGAAGGGAGAGGGUGUGGAGGAGAAGGGGGAGCGGGAGGGGCAGAUGGGGCGGGAGGCGGUGAAGGGGUUGUUGGGGCGGGGCAAGGCGCGCGUGGUGUUUGGGCUGCACAUGGCCAUGCAGCACGCACGCAUCUUCCUUAACCUCGAAGACGGCCGGCGCCUCGCCAUGCUGGAGCAGGAGAGGCUGAGCGUGCAGGUCAAGGUAUUCCCUGCAUCGACCCGUGUCAACGCCUCAUUGGGCAAUCUGAGGCUGUGCAACCUGCAGCUGCCACCAUCCCACCCCUGGCGCUGGUUCUGUGACCUGCGGGACAAGCAGAGCGCCUCGCUGGUUGAGAUAAAGUACAACUCGUACAACCCCGACGACGAUGACUACGAGGGCUACGAGUACAGCAUUGAUGGCAAGCUGUCUGCCGUGCGCCUCAUCUUCCUCUACCGCUUCGUGCAAGAGUUCAUGGCGUACUUCUGGGGGCUGGCAGCGCCGGGGGUGCGGCAGGAGAUGGUGGUGCGCGUGGUGGACGCGGUGGGCGGCAUCGAGCGGCGCAUCCAGCAGUGGGAGGUGGCGGGCAGCAGCGGCAUCCGCUACAACGUCUCCCUUGAUGCGCCCAUCCUCAUUCUGCCUCGCACCACCGACAGCCAAGAGUUCAUGCAGCUGGGGCUGGGGCACAUGGGUAUCAGGAGCAGCGUGGAGUGGCGUGGUGGCAAGUCCAUUGAGGAUGCUGGCGCUGUGCGCUGUGAUGUGAUUACAGUGGAGAGUCGCGAUGUGAGCUUGCUGGUGGGAGCGGAGGGUGUGGCGGGGCCGCCAAUGAUAGAGCGCAUGGCGGGGCUGACACUCACCAUCCAGCGCCAGCUGAGAGACCUCUUCAAGAAGCUGCCCACCUACCAGCUCCACAUCCACAUGGGGGAGCUGAGGGUGGUGAUGAGUCACCGCGACCCCGCGUCGCCAUCGUCCCCGCGCUCGCCCACGCCGCCAUCCUCGCCACCCCCCGCUGCGGCCGUGGCGGGGGGGCAUGCGGGCGAGGGCAAGGGGGCGCAGGGGGCACAAGGGGAAGGCGGGCAGGGGAGGGCAGGCGAGGUGGCGAAGCAAGGAGGGGCGGGAGGGGCAGGAGGGGGGGCAGGAGGGGGCCCUCCGGCGUUCACGUACUUCAGAGUGCUGGUGGACGUGCAGCACGUGCAGAUGGAGCUGUUCACCGGCCACACCCGCGACUCCUCCCUCGCCCUCCUGCAGAUCGAGGGGCUGUGGGUGGAGUACCGCACGAGCAGUGCGAGGGAGAUGGAGGUGAUGCUCUCUCUGCCCACCAUGGCCAUCAUCGACCGCCGCCCCGCCACGCGCCAGGAGCUGCGCCUCAUGAUGGGCUCCGCGCUGCACGCCCACUCCCACGCCCACGCCCACUCCCAUGCGCCGCCCGCCAACUCGGGGCACGGCGCAGUGCCGCCAGGGGCGAAGGCGGGGACGGCGGCAGAUGAGGGCAGAGGGGGCGAGAUGGGGGGGGGUUCGCCGCCGGUGGCGCUGAGCAUGGUGGUGCUGAACUACUCGACUCGCCCCGCUGCGCGCGCCGUGGUGCUGCGCUUCCAGCGCCCGCGCGUGCUCGUGGCGCUCGACUUCCUGCUCGCCGUCACACACUUCUUCUUCCCCUCCCUCGCCGCCUCCUCCGGUCACGACACCGACCGCGACGAGUGCGACGACCCCGCCAGCCUGGCGCACGCUGUCGUGCUGACAAGUGGCACCACGCGACAGGCGGAGGCGGUGGUGACGGUGUCGCCGCAGCGACAGCUGAUAGCGGAGGCGGCGGGGGUGGAUGAGUACGAAUACGACGGGUGCGGGGGCGUGCUGCGCCUCCUGCCCUCUGAUGCCCUGGGGGGCACAGCGGUGCCGGCGGGCAAGCAGCAGGGCGAGGGCGUGGCAGGAGGGCCGGUGAUAGUGGUGGGCAAUGGGAAGCACCUGCGGCUCAAGAACAUCACUGUCGAGAGUGCGUGGGCGUGGGAGCAGAGUGUGUACCUGGGGUGUGACAGCAGCUUCACUGCCGACCCUGAGGACGGCGUUAUCUGGCGCCACACCCCCCUUGCCAAUGCCAAUGCCAAUGGCCCCCCCACUGCUGCGGGCGCGGGCAGCAGAGAGGGCAGCGGGGCAGAUGCAGGAGGUGCAGGGGCGGGUGGGGAGGCAGAGGUGCCGCCGGAGCAGACCUCCUUCUCCUUUGACCUUCAGGUGGGGUGCCUGGGCUGUACCUUCAGGUGCCUGGGCUGUACCUUCAGGUGUGGCUGUUACCUCUUUACACCCGCAUGCCUCCGCUCAACCCCACUAUCUAACAUGCCCCUCUUGUUCGAAUCCCCUCCCCAACCUCCCCCCCGCCCCUCCCUACCCCGUUUGUCCCAGGCGGUGGGGCCGGAGCUGACGUUCUACGACAGCACCAAGUGGCCCGCGGGCAUCCCCUUCCGCCCCGAAAGGAUUCUGCGCGCCUCCUUUGACCCCUGCCCCUCCCCACUCAUUGCACAGUUCUUAGUGGCUCAUCGCUGGACAGCAGCAGCAGGAGCAGCAACAGCAGCGGCCGCUGCCGCUGUGGGGCAACUCGCCUCACCUCACUUCCCCACCCCCACUCCCGCUCCUCUCUGCACGGGCAGAUACGCGGCCAAAGGGGCGGACACGUGGGUGAAGGGGACGGUGAGGGGGCUGCUGGUGGAGACGGCGUCGGGGCUGGCGGUGGUGGAGCCGGUGGACGCCCACUGCGAGCGCGAGUGCGUGGCCGGCAAGACGUCCCUGGAGCUCGCCUGCACGGACGUGUCGCUGCGCCUGCCCUUCCACACGCUGCGCCUGCUGCACCGCCUGCACGCCGACACCGCUGCCGCCCUCAAGCUGGGCGGCGGGCCCGUGGCCGUGCGGUGCCGGCAGUUCGACCGCAUCUGGAACUCCGGUGGGUGCCUCCGCAUCUCGUUUGCUAUGCCACGUGCAGUGCUCUCAUCAGGAGCAGGCAUGGCUUUGCUGCCCUUUGUUGUGCGCUGCCCACGCUUGCCCUCCUCCUCGUCUCACCCUGAUCGUCAACCUCCUUUGCGCCUCUCCUCAUCCACUCCCCGUGCUGGCAGGCACGGACUCAGAGGAGGGAAGGGCAGUAGGGGAGGGCGAGCAGCCCAUCACGUUGUGGCGGCCGUGUGCGCCUGCAGGCUAUGCCAUCCUGGGCGACUGCGCCACCGUGGGGGCGAAUGCACCGCUCUGAGGGGUGACCACUCGCCACUUGGCACUCACCACUGCGUGCUGCCCUCACCUGCACUGCGUGUUGCUCUCCUCCCUCUGCACCUUGUCUCCAUGCUGCCCUGCCAUUUUCGUUUCCUUCUUCACCUCCUCACCUCUUCUUUUGUAUUUGCACCCCGCCCACCACCCCCUACGUGUGUGUGUGCGGCGCGUGGCAGGGCGGCGCCACCAGAGCACGCGGUGCUGGCGGUGAGCACGGCCUUCAGGCGAGUCAAGCGCCCCCUCGGCUUCUCCCUGCUCUGGUGCUCCCACGCGCCCGCUGCCGCCCCAGCACAGGGGGCCGCGGACGCGGCAGGGGGUGGGGAGGGAGGGGACGACUCGCACUGCCGCAUCUGGCUGCCACUGGCGCCGCCCGGCUAUGCAGCGCUGGGAUGCGUGGCGGCUGUGGGGCGAGCGCCGCCACACGUUUCGACGGUGCACUGUGUGCGCUGCGACCUUCUCACGCCCUCCUCCCUCAGCGACUGCAUCUUCUACCGCCCGGGUGCCGGGUCGCCAAUGAGUGACGCUAGCGGCACGGAGCGGGGUGGCGGCAGGGGGGGAGGGGCGAGCAUGUGGGUGGUGGGCAACUCCAUGCGCACCUUCUUCGCCUGCCAGGGCACGGCCCCGCCACCACCCGCGGUGCUGAGGGACCUGAGGGAGGAUCUGCGCUUCCACCCCGCCACCACCGCUCCCGACCCCGACGAUGCCGACCCUGAAGCCGCCUCUCAGUCCCCCACCUCCACCACGCUCACCCGCGUGCCCUCCGGCCGCGGAGACUCGCUCGCCCGCCUGCCCUCCUCGCGCUUCCAACCGCCCCUUGCUGCCUCCGCCUCUGCGCUGGCUGGUGCGGCGGGGGCGGCGGCGGCGCGGCCGUUUGUGCCGGCGGCGAGCUUUGAGCGCGUGUGGUGGAGCAAGGGGGCGGCAGGUGUGACAAGCCACGUGAGCUUCUGGCGCCCCGCGGCAGUGCCGGGCUAUGCCAUGCUGGGCGACUGCGUGGCCGACGGCUUCGACCCACCGGACACGGGCUUGCUGCUUCUGGACGACCUGGAGUCGGGCCGUGUGGCGGCGCCCCUCAGCUUCCUGCACAAGCUCACCCUCGCUGCACCUGCCUGGCCCGACGAGGCGUCUGUGUGGUUCCCCCUGGCGCCCCCUGGCUACGUGGCGCUGGGCUGUGUGGUGACGCGCGGCCGUGAGCCCCCCUCUGCCGGGCUGAGCGUGCGCUGCGUGCGCGCUGACCUGCUGGCGCCCAAGGGCUUUGCCGGCCGCCCCGCAUGGACCGUCAGUUUGCCGCCCAAAGGAGAGUCCGUCGCCAGCUUCUGGCCCGUCAUGAACCAGGCGGGCACGUUUCUGGUGCACAGCGAUGCGCGGCGCCCGCCACAGAGGAUGGGGUACGGGCUGGCGGAGCUGGAGAGGCCGGAGCGGCCCGACAACUUUGAUGCCAACCUGCGCACGCCCCGCGUCUCCCUCACCCUCUUCGACGACGUCUCCGGCGUCAUGGUGCCGUGGGUGGACUUGACAGUGGAAGGCAUUCACCUGACGCUGCACGGCCGCCCACACGCGCUCAACGCAGUGGUGCUCACCUCUGUGGCGGCCUCGUCCUUCAACUCACACCUCGCCCUCUGGGAGCCGCUGCUCGAACCCUUCGACUCCAUCUUCAAGGAGGACGCCCUGCGAGUGCUCGUGGACAACCGCCUGGGCGCGCCGCUCUACGCGCGCUCCGCCAAGGACGCCUUCGCCCACCUGUACACGCUGCCGCCCGGCCACGUGUCGUCGGUGCCGCUGCCGCCCUUCCAGUUCCCCGACAUGCUGCGCCCCUCCGCCACCGCCGGUACCGGCAGAAAGCGCCGCCACAGCACACGGCGCUUCAUGGCUCUUCGCCUCAUUGAGGGGCUGGACCUACCGGGCAGCGAGUUGAACGGGGAGGACUUCAUGUGCAAGCUGCGCGUGGCGGAGGCGGGCGCCCAGCCGCUGGUCAAGGGGCAGCAGCUGCCACAGACUGCCCGCUCUCGCGCCAUCCGCCCCGCAGGGGGGCUGGCAUGCCCGCAUGGGCGCGAGGGCAUGGGGAGCGCCAUGCCACGAGGAGGGGCGCAUGGCGGAGCGGGAGAAGGGGGAGAGGGCGGGAGAGCAAAGCUAUGGCGCGUGCAGUGGAACGAGGUGUUUGUGUUUGAAGUGCCGGCACAUAAGGAGUCACGGUUGGAGGUGGUGGUGAGCAACCAGGCGGCCAAUGCGGGGCGAGGGGCCACGGUGGGCACGGCGGCUGUGCCCAUGACUGCUGCUGCCGCGCCCACCCUCUCCGACUGGGCUGCCGUCACCGACGCCCUCGGCAUUGGCGGCCUCCACCCCGCCUCCCACGCCAUCCAACACACGCUGCUGCUGCACCCUCCCAAGAGGAAACAGCAGCAGCAGCAGCAACAGCAGCAGCAGCAGCAACAGCAGCAGCAGGUACGACAUGAGGAUUCUGACGGCCAUCUGCUGGCCCACCAGCAGCAGCAGGAGCGGGUGGUGGCGGAGGCGGGCCAGGAGCAGCCGGACUGUUUGAUCCAGCUGGCGUGCCGCCCGGACGGCGAGUGGUGUUGGGUGCGCUCCAUGGCCGGCAUCAUCACGCUCGCGCUUGCCCUGGAGGGCCGCCCCGUGGCGGCGGAGCUGGGCGUGCGGGGGGGCCUCAAGUGCGUCACGCUGCGCUCGCUGGUGCUGCUGCGCAACGCCACGGACGUGCCGGUGGACGUGUGUGUGUGCCCCUUCGUGCUGCUCGACUUUGCGGACGAGGACGCGGAGGAGGAGGUGGAGGAGGAGAUGUAUGAGAACCAGCGUUACCAGCCCAUGCUGGGGUGGGGCUCGCUGUGGCCCGGCCACCUCAUGCCCGGCGACCCCGCGCGCUUCUCUGCGCUGGACCUCUCCCACGCGUGCCAGGACCUGCCCGAGGCGUGUCCGCGCGGGUGGGCGUGGGUGGGAGCGUGGCAGCGCGACCAGGCAGCACCGGGCGACAUGGAGGGGUGGGUGUACGCGCCUGACUUCCGCUCGCUGGCGUCGCCUGAUGCGCUGGCCAACGUGGCGCACAGCAAGGGCCCCUUUGACUUUGUGCGCCGCCGCCGCUUCACACGCACAAGGCGCCGCCUGCCACGCCCCUCGGGUGCGCCCAAGGAGCACGUGCGCACGGCGCUGGGGACACUGGCCCCUGGGGACUCCCUGUCGCUGCCCUGGGGCUGCCUCUCCCCUGGCUCCGACUGGUGCCUGCAGGUUCGGCCCAAGGCUGCUGCAGGCUCGGCAGGCAGCAGCAAAGGGAGUGAGAAGUACGGGUGGAGCCGGCUGGUGCCUGGGGCGUCGGGCAGCAAUGGUGGGGAGGGCAGUGCGGGGGCGGCGAGCAGGGCGGAGGCGGCACGGCGGCAGCAGCUGGCGACGGCGUUUGUGCUGCCGGACCUGAUGCGGGCGGCGUCGUGGGAGAAGGGCGGCAAGCGUGAGGAGCUGCUGCAGUGCCGUGGCACCCGGGGAUGCUGGUGGUUCUGCCUCGAGGCGGACGGUGUGAAACUGCAGGGCGGGGAGGGCGUGGGGGCGGCGGAGGUGGUGGACUGGCGGGUGACGCUGCGGGCGCCACUGCAGCUGGAGAACCGGCUGCCGUGCAGUGCGGAGUACUUCGUGUGGGAGAAGCCCAGCAGCGGUGCAGCCCAGGGGGCGGGCUGGGGCCAUGCGGGCAGCACGGCGGGCGUGGGGGGGGCAUCACGGUCGGUGGCGCGGCAGCAUGGCGUGGUGGGGCCGGGCGAGGCGGUGCAUGCAUACACCAUUGACAUCCGCUGCCCCACACUGCUCACCUGGCUGCCCCAGGGCGGAUGGAAGCAGGAGAAGGACGCGGUGGUGCUGUCGGACCCACUCACCCACGAGGUGGCGGGGGGCUUCUGGAUGACCAACGUGCAGAACAAGCGGCGGCUGCACGUGAAUCUGGAGGUGAGUGGCGGGGCAUCAGAGGCAUCAGCGCGGGUGGUGCGGGUGUUUGUGCCCUUCUGGCUCGCCAACCACUCCUCCAUGCCCCUCGCCUGCCGCAUCGUUGAGAUCGAGCCGCCCCCGGGCGCCACAGCAGCGGCGGCGGCGGCAGCGGAGUCGCUGUGGCAGAUGCCCACGCGCUCGCUCUCCUCGCGCGCGCUCAGCCUCGCCGGCUCAACCCGUGAGCCGGUGGCGGCGGCGGCGCCGGUGGUGGGGGCGGGGGCGAGCAAGGUGGUGCGCAGCCUGGAGGACAUUGAGGAGGCGCCGCAGCAGCACGCUGUGAUGCUGUCGCUGCCGUCCGUCGCCAACGUGGGGCUCGCCGUGGCGCUCUCCAAGAAUGGUGUCUUCAGCUCCGCCAUCCCCCUCACCGCCUUCCAGGAUAAGAUGGAGCGGGCGGACCUCAAGGCGGUGGAUGCCGCAGGCAGCUAUCUGCGCCUCUCACUGUCCCUCGACAUGUCCUCACUGCGCUAUGAAGGCACCAAGGUGAUUCGCCUGCAGCCGCACACAGUGUUCUCCAACCACACGGGGCGUCCGCUGCUCAUCAGGCAGGCGGGCGGCAACAUCGUUCGACACCUGGCGCCUGCUGAUUCGAUGAAGCCCAUCGUGUGGGAGUCCAUCUGGCUGGCUGAACACUUGCAGGUGCGCAUCGACGGCUGUGAUUGGAGCCGCCCAUUCUCCAUCGACGGCGACGGCAGUGUCUUUGUUGUCAUGCGCCACGCCGUGCAGCCCAACCGCCCUCCCUCCAUAGGGCGGGCGGCGUGGGACGGCAGUGGGCGGCGGGGGCGGGAGCUGCUGCUGGCGGAUGUGGUGGAUGGCGCCAGUGCAUGCCGUUACCAUGUCGUCUUCACACUCGCUCCGCCCUAUGGGCCCUACAAGAUAGAGAACCGUUCGCAGCUGUUCCCGGUGCGGUACCGGCAGGCGGGGGCGGGGGACGAGGCGUGGGAGGCGCUGGCGGUGGGGGCGGCCAAGUCGUUUGCGUGGGAGGACGGCCGGGGGCUGCGUCUGCUGGAGCUGAUGGUGGACGGCGCGCACUCCUCCACGGCGCGCCGCGUCGCCAUCGACGACCCCGCCGUGCUCGAGCCCGCCGCCUACGCCUCCGGCCGCCCGGAGCUGCUCUACAUCUCCAUGACCGGCGCCCUCCUCUCCCUCCACUCCACCGCCCCCUCCUCUGCCCGCCCAGGCACCUCGGGGGGGAGUGGGUCGGGUGGGGUGAGCCGGGUGAAGCUGCAGGUGGGGCACCUGCAGAUCGACAACCAGCUGGCUGUGACGGCCAUGCCUGUGUUGCUGGCACCUGAGGAUCCACCUGGGGUGGUGCAGCCAUACGUGCUGAAGCUCACUGUGGCAAUGCGCCCCGCACGGGACGAGGAUGAGCAGUCCUUCCCCUACAUCGGCCUGCAGCUACCGAGUGCGGCAUGGCUGGUGAACAUCCACGAGCCAAUCAUCUGGCGUCUGGCUGACAUGGUCAAGCGCCUCUCCGCCCACCGCCUCGACGCUCCCCCGCAACCCACCUCCGUCUCCCUCGACCCGCGCGUGCAUGUCGGGCUGCUGAACAUCUCGGAGGGGCGGCUGAAGGUGACGAUGGCCAUGUCGCCGCUGCACCGCCCGCGCUACAUGAUGGGCUUCUGGACGUCCGUGCUCACCUCCAUGGGCAACACCGAUGAGAUGCCGAUCCGGCUGUCCCCGCGGGUGCGGGAGGGGGUGGUGUUGCGGCGCAGCCAGGUGUGGGCGGAGGCGUGGCGCAGUGUGAGCAACGACCUGCUGGCGCAGCCGUUCCGCCUGCUGUCGGGGCUGGACGUGCUGGGCAACGCCAGCAGCGUCGUGGGGCAGGUCAGCAAGGCCGUGGCGGGCAUCAGCAUGGACCGCGCCUUCAUCCGCGCGCGCCACAAGCACGACGCCAAGGCGGCGGUGGGCUCGCUGGGCGACGGACUGCGCGAGGGCGGGGAGGCGCUGGCCAAGGGGCUGUUCCGCGGGGUCACGGGCAUCCUCACCAAGCCCGUGGAGGGCGCAAGGGACGGCGGCGUGGAGGGCUUUGUGGCGGGCGUGGGGCGCGGGCUGAUCGGCGCGGCGGCGCAGCCAGUGAGCGGCGUGCUGGACCUGGUGAGCAAGACCACGGACGGCGUCAACGCCGAGCGCGCCCGCCUCUCCGCCGCCAUCACCGCCAAGCUCGCCCUCCGCCGCCGCCGCCUGCCGCGUGCCAUCCGCGGCGACCACGUGGUGCGGCCGUAUGAUGAGUAUGCGGCGAGGGGGCAGGCCAUCCUGCAGCUGGCGGAGUGGGGCGCGCUGACGGGCGCGAGCGUGUUUGACAUCCGCGAGAAGGGCAAGUUCGCCCUGAGCGACGCCUACGAGGACCACUUCCACCUGCCGGCACGCCGCAUCCUCAUGAUCACCCACCAGCGCACCAUGCUGCUCGAGCAACCGGGCGGCGGAGCGCUGGCGGGGGGGCGCAAGCCAGACCUGACGAGGGAGGCGUGCAGCAUCGUGUGGGCCGUGACUUGGGGCGAGCUGCUGUCGCUGGAGGUCAUGCGCGGCCGCGAUGAGCCGCCCUCCGCCCCGCCGUCACGCGUGGUGCUGCAUCUGCGGGAGUGGUCAGCGGACGUGCGGCUGCUGGACGCCAAGGAGAUUGCUCGUGUGGUGCUGUGCCAGGCGGGCACGGAGCAGGCACAGCAAGUGCGAGACGCCAUCCAGCGCGCCCUCGACCAGUUCGGCCCCGAUCGGGCCACCGUCGCUGCUCAGAUGCGCAAGCGGCGGCAGGAGAGUCGGCCGUACACGGGCGCGGGGGCGGGGGCGGCAUCGGGGGCAGCGCUGGGGCUGCUGGCGGGGCCAGCGGCGCCGGUGGUGGUGCCGGUGAUGGCGACGUUUGGAGCGCUGGUGGGCGGCGCGGGGCAGGUGAUGCUGGAGGCCGACAGCCACGGCGACCUCGCCUCCCCCUCCGCGCGCCACCGCCCCUCCCUCGCUGCUCCUGCCUCCGGCCCCGCUCGGCCUCGUGCCAUGACGGGCAGAGGCAGCUCUGGGGACGUGGCAGGGGCGGACGUGAAUGGGCCGCCUGCCGUUGUCGUGAAGGCAUUCAAGCUGAUGUGGUGGGACAAGGGAGCGGUGUGGAGCCAGAAGUUCCCGGUCUCCAUCUGGCGCCCCAUCCUGCGCCCGGGGUAUGUGUCGGUGGGGGACGUGGCAACACCGGGGUACGACCAGCCGGUGCGCAGCACCAUCUAUCUCGACACCGGCGCCGGCAACUUCGCUCCGCCACUCGGCUUCGAUCUGGUAUGGCGGGACACGGACAGCGGGGCGCGCACGCCGGUGACGAUCUGGGCGCCGAGGGCGCCGGAGGGGUAUGUGGCGGUGGGGUGCGUGGCGGUGCCCGACUACUACGAGCCUGACCGCAGCGCCGUCGCGUGCGUGGCGGCGGGCGCAGUGGGUGCGGCGGAGCUGGGGCGGCUGCCCAUCUGGCGCGACCGCAAGGGCGCUGCGCUGUGGAAGUGCAGCCUCUGGCAGGUGCACAACGCCGCUCGCACCUUCCUCGCACGGCGCGACCAUGAGAGCCCACCACCAGGCAUGGCCUUUGAUGUGAAGGUGGAGGACACUCACACAGAUGCACGCAGUGCCACCUCCGUGCACACAGGGUAG